GGGAGGGGAAGAAGAAAGACCCCCAGGGCAAGGAAGCUCAGGACAAGGGGUUCAGGCAAGGAAGGCGGGCCUGAUUGGAGGGAGGGGCCGCGAUGCCCAGCCGGGAGCAGCAGAGCCGGGCAGCAGAGGAGCGAAGGCCGCUGCUGCCCCGGGGUGCUGGGGGACCCCGAGGGUGGCGUCGGAUGGCGGGGACCGCAGUGCUGCUGGUGUCCUUGCUGGAGCGGGCCGCCUUCUUCGGCGUGGCGGCCAACCUCGUGCUCUACCUCAACAGCCAGAACUUCAACUGGACUGGUGAGCAGGCGUCCCGCGCUGCACUGGUCUUCCUGGGUGCAUCCUACCUGCUGGCCCCCGUGGGUGGUUGGCUGGCCGAUGUGUACCUGAGCCGCUACCGGACCGUGGUACUCAGCCUGCUGCUCUACCUGGCUGCCUCGGGCCUGCUGCUGGCCACCGCCAUGACCGAUGGCCGUCUGUCCUUCUGUGGGGAGAUGUCCUUGUCGCCUCUGGAGCCACCCUGCCCUUCCUUCAACUGCAAGCGCGCCUGGCCCAGACCCUACUGCGCACCGGUCCUGUACUCAGGGCUGCUGCUGCUUGCUCUGGCCACCAGCUCAGUCAGGAGCAACCUCACCUCUUUUGGGGCCGAUCAGGUGAUGGAUCUCGGCCGCGAUGCUACCCGUCGCUUCUUCAAUUGGUUCUAUUGGAGCAUCAACCUGGGCGCCGUCCUGUCGCUGCUGCUGGUAGCCUUCAUCCAGCAGAACAUCAACUUCCUGCUGGGUUUCAUCAUCAUCAUGGGCUGUGUGGGCCUAGCAUUCUUAAUCUUCCUCCUUGCCACCCCUGUCUUCAUCACCAAGCCCCCCACGGGGAGCCAAGUGUCUUCAAUGCUUAAGCUGGCUUUCCAGAACUGCUGUCCCCAGCUAUGGCGAAGACGAUCAGCAAGAGACCCUCAGCAUGCCCACCUGCUGCAUGACCAUAGGUCUUGGCAGCCUGGUCCUUCCUCCCUAGAGGAUGUUGCCAACUUCCAGGUACUGGUGAAGAUCUUGCCAGUCAUGGUGACGCUGGUGCCCUACUGGAUGGUGUACUUCCAGAUGCAGUCCACCUAUGUCCUGCAAGGUCUCCACCUUUACAUCCCCAACAUUUUCUCGGCCAGCCCUACAAACAGCUCUUUGGCUCUGAAAGCCCAGCACAGAAACUACAGGAUCCCUGAAGCCUGGCUCCUCCUGGCCAAUGUGGUAGUGGUGCUGAUCCUGGUCCCUGUGAAGGACCACCUGCUCGACCCUUUACUGCUGCGCUGCAAGCUGCUGCCCUCAGCCCUGCAGAAGAUGGCCAUGGGGAUGUUCUUCGGGUUCACCUCUGUCAUCGUAGCAGGAGUCUUGGAGAGGGAGCGCUUACAGUACAUUGCUGCUAACGAGACGGUGUCCCAGUGGAUCGGGAAGGACGUGUACUUUGCAGCGCCCCUGUCCAUCUGGUGGCAGAUCCCCCAGUACCUGCUCAUUGGGAUCAGCGAGAUUUUCGCCAGCAUCCCAGGCCUGGAGUUCGCCUACUCGGAGGCACCACGCUCCAUGCAGGGCGCCAUCAUGGGCAUCUUCUUCUGCCUGUCAGGCGUGGGCUCCCUGCUGGGCUCCAGCUUGGUGGCCUUGCUGUCCUUGCCAGGAGGCUGGAUGCACUGCCCCGAUGACUUUGGGAACAUCAACAAGUGCCGGAUGGACAACUACUUCUUUCUGCUGGCUGGUAUCCAGGCCACCACGGCCCUCCUAUUUAUCUGGAUUGCUCAUCGCUAUGAGAGGAUUCGCCAGGGCACAGCUUCCCAGAACUGCUCCAGCAGAGACAGGGGCUGAUUCACCGCCCUCCACCCCUGCCCUUCUCUCCACCCGGAUCGACAGAGCAGCAGAAUGGGCCCAGCAGUGUUGACUUCCUUCUCUGUUUAUUUUGUACCCGACAUUAGGAUAGAGUGGUUCCCAUAAAUAAGAGACAUAA